CCAGACGCGGCGGCGCAUUUCUCCUUCGAACCUGGAAGCAACGCUUCCAAUGCAUACUCCAAUAUCUUCGUUGGACUCCCUGUUCCAGAAGGUGACCUCUCAGGUCAGACUAUUAUCGUUUCCGGCUCAAAUCAAGGUCUCGGCUACAAAGCCAGUCGCCAUAUUUUGCGCCUAGGAGUUGAUCGUCUCAUCAUGGCUGUACGAAACGUUCCAAAGGGCGAAACUGCUCGAUUGAAGCUUUUGGAGGCUACCGGACGUGAAGAAAGCUCAAUCGAAGUCUGGGAGUUGGACAUGGAUCGCUACAGCUCCGUUGAAAGCUUCGCGACUCGCGUAACAACACUUCCACGUCUUGACGUCUUUUUGGCCAACGCUGGAUUGGCCACAAACAGUUUCACCAUGGCAGAGGAUAACGAGAGAACAAUCACCGUCAACGUAGUUAGCACGUUCUUACUAAUUGUCUUGCUUUUGCCGAAACUACGUGAAUCCGCCUCGAAGUUUGGCAUCGUUCCUCGUGUUUCGAUUGUGAACUCGGCCAUGCAUUACGUUGCACCGUUGAAGGAGAUUGAUGUGGAACAUGGAGAUAAAAUAUUCGCCCGGCUCAACAACAAGCAAACGGCAGACAUGGCCAUGCGGUACCCCUUGUCGAAGCUAUUGGUUCUUUUUGCGGCUAGGGCUUUCGCGGACAAGCUGGAGAAAGGCAAGGAGCCCUUAGUCGUCAUCAACACCCCGAAUCCCAGCUGGUGCAAGUCUCAGUUGAUGCGAGAGUUGAACAGUGCUGCUUUGCGUUUCAGUGAGCGCAUGCUGGCUCGCAGUACCGAGGAGGGGAGCCGGGCUUUGGUUCAUGCGAUUCUGUCUGGUGAAGAAAGUAGUGGUCAGUACCUUGACAAUUGUCAGGUGAAGCGACCGUCUUGUACCGUUACAAACACCAAAGGCGCACGGAUCCAAGAAGCCUUUUUCAACGAACUAUGGGAGAAGCUCGAGAAAAUUUCACCUACCAUCAAUCUGUGA